AUGCCUCCCGCUCCGUCCCCGCCUUCGCCCAACGCUUCCAGCAGGAAGAGAGCUCAUCCAGCUUUUGAGACAUCGCCAACGCAAUUCAGCGAUGUGAAAUCCGCGCGGACGGACCCAAUCGCUGCCGCCUCCAUACCCUCUAUCUCCCCCGCCGUCUCAACUGCACAUUCCACCCUUACCACAGCCUCGACGGCCUCUUCUUCCGCCUUCCGAAAUGUGUCGGCUUGCAAUCGCUGCAGACUGCGCAAGAAUCGUUGUGAUCAGAGACUCCCCCGGUGUCAAUCGUGCGAAAAGGCCGGAGUACGCUGUGUCGGAUACGACCCAAUCACCAAGCGAGAAAUUCCCCGCAGCUACGUGCAUUUCUUAGAGACGCGUGUCGCUUAUCUGGAAAAACAACUGGUCGAGCACAAAAUCGAGUUCAAAAAGGCUGUGGCAUUCGACGAAGAAGAAGCUGUCAAGGCCGAGACUGAGGGGGUCACCGCACGGGUCGGGUCUGCAUCCGACGCUCCAUCUGACGGAGCAGAAAAGAGGAGAUCCGACCCGACCAACACGGACGAGGGUGAGAGACAUGUUGAAAAAGUCGAUGAAAAGGCGAGUAACUACCCGGAAAGGAAUUAUAAUGCAGCGGAGGAAGAAAAUUGGCGCUUGCACAAUCUCGUGUCGAACAUAGGCAUGGUUUCCGUUCAAGGAACCUCAGAUCCGCGAUAUCUUGGCUCGGCUUCGGGUAUCUCCUUUGCCAGAGUUGUAUUUGCAGCUGUACGAAGCUCGCUCCCAGGAAAUCUGCCAGAGCGGAAUUCAAUGCGCUCGAGUGAGCGAUUGCCACAGACCGCGGCUGGUCCAGCUGGUGGAUCCAUGCGCGAUUCAUUUUUCGGCCUCCAAACCAAACCAAUGAUGAAACGUGCUCAUUUCCCCGAGCGGGAGCUUGCCGAACGUCUAGUGGACCUUUACUUUGAGCAUGCCAAUCCUCAAAUGCCAAUUCUCCACCGCGGUGAUUUCAUGGAAUUGCUGGAUCGCACUUACUUGGCUGAAGAGAACAAGCGCUCUCCACGUGCUCUCUACAUCCUCAACAUCGUUUUCGCCAUUGGUGCAGGGAUCAUCUUCGAAGACAGGUCCCAGUCUCAGGAUGAGGAGGAUGACGCAGGUCUUGGGAGGGCUUCAUCCACUUCGAAAAGGCCUCGGUUGUCUCAUCAUCAAUUUCAGCCCGAGGAAUACCACGCAUCCGCGAUUGUGCACCUGGAAUCAUUCCUAGGGUCUUCGCCGAGCGAAGGAUUUGGGGGGCUGGAAGAACUUCAGGCGGUCCUACUGCUGGCUAGCUUUGCUUUGCUUCGGCCCGUGGCUCCUGGCCUCUGGUACAUUGUUGGUGUAGCAAUGCGUUUGGCAGUUGAUCUUGGGCUUCAUUACGAAGAUGGAGUCGGCCUCGGCAGCGUAAAAGAUGGCAACAAGAAUCAAUCCCACGUUGAGCCAAGCGAGCGGGGACGCCGAGAAUGGGUACGCGAUCUACGACGCCGUCUAUGGUGGUGCGUAUACAGUUUUGAUCGACUGGUUGCAACUUGCGUUGGACGACCCUUUGGCAUCAAUGACCAAGCCAUCAGCACAGAAUUCCCCUCGCUAGUUGACGACACAUUUAUCACACGAUCAGGCUUUGUAAAGCCGCCGGAUGGAGCGCCAACAUACAAACACGUCGCAUUCCAUUAUUUCAAGCUCCGGCUUCUUCAAUCCGAGAUUCAUGACGUUCUCCAAUACCAACAGGCUCGUGCAAGUCGCAGGCGAGCCCCUGGUCUUCCAACAGUUCUCCCCCACGAUGAUCUUAUGAGUCCAUUCCUUCAAGGAUUUGAUUCGUUCCGCUCAUGGCGUCAUGACGUACACCGUCGCCUGAUAGAAUGGAAGGAGACCGCUCCCACCCGUCAUGAGACCGGGGUGCGCUUUUCGAUCGAAUUGCUGGAGUUGAAUUACUGGCAAGCGAUAAUCUUACUUUACCAGCAAAGUUUGACCGUCCCGGCAGAGCUGGCCUCAGAGCUCACACCAGCGGACGAUGUGUCGAGUCCAUCUUUCUCAUAUCCCGACGAUGGCGAUGACGAGGAUCACGUGUAUUUGAAUGUCGCGGAAGCAGGCCAGAAAGUGAUUAGGAUUUACCGGCAGCUGCAUCGCGUGCGCUUGGUAAACUACACGUAUCUUGCCACGCACCAUAUCUUCAUGGCAGGCAUUUCCUUUUUGUAUGCUAUUUGGCAUUCGCCUUUGGUCCGCAGUCGCUUGACUCUCGACGAGGUGGAUUUUACUGUACUUGCAGCAACUUCUGUUCUUGGGGACCUCACUCACAAGUGCCCUCCUGCUGAAAAUUGCCGCGAUGCCUUUGAGCGGAUGAGUAAGGCCACGGUCCGGAUGAGCCUCUCAACAACAGGAUUUGGGUCACAAGUCGACGUUGCCCGCAUCCAAGGUGCCACUUACAAUGCGAGUAAUGUUUACUCGAGUCGGCGUCACUCCUGGAAUUCCCGCAGUCAGAAUGAUCAAGGACAAUCUCGACGCCCAACUUAUGCGCGUGCAUCCCGACCAGCACCCAAAUUUGACAUGAAUCUGGCUGAGCUUUUCAGUGAUGCAAAUACGCCCCUGGCCGACAAGACGCAGUCUGAGGUCAGGACCCCUGGAAAUAGCUAUGCGGUUCGACCAGAGACGGCCGAGGUAGUUGCACCGGAGAUGACUCGCCCAAUUGCCCAGCGGACUCCUUCUAUGGAGUACUUUAUGAAAUACGAGGGCCAAGCGUCACCACAGUUGCAGAAUAAUCCGCACUUUUCAUAUGGCAACUCUCCGCCCCAGGACGGCUCCUCGGGGACUGCCGUUCAAUCCAUCAGCAAGUCUCAGGAUGUGCGACCUGCCGACCAUGACAAUAAUCAGAGAGUUGGUCUAGAUUUCUUGGACUUUUCAACGGGUGGCCAUGAAGCUCCACCCGCCGAGCAAAAUGCAAAUUCGGAAUACAAUUUGGCCGGCAUGCCGACCUUAGGUCAAAAUGUAGGAAUUGACCUCGGAUUCGGCAUGGCGAUGGAUUUUCAGCAUGAUUGGAGCGAGAACCCCAACUACGAUAUUCUCGAUGGUUUCUUCUUUGGUGGCACGGGGGGUGGACCCCCUAGCGGCGAGGGAGGCUGA